AAAUUAACUAAAGUGUCACUGUCAACUGUCAUUUGUCUGUCAUUCAUUUGAGGUUUAGACCUUCUCUUCCGUUCUUUACGAAGUUUGACAGUUCUGCCCAAGAACAUAGUCGCCUUCAACAUGCCGCGUGAAAUCAAAGACAUCAAAGAUUUCCUUCUAAAGGCACGCAGGAAAGAUGCCAAAUCUGUCAAGAUAAAGAAGAACCCCGAGAACGUGAAGUUCAAAGUGCGAUGCUCACGCUUCCUGUACACGCUGGUGAUCACUGACAAGGAGAAGGCGGAGAAACUUAAACAGAGCUUACCGCCAGGUCUCCAGGUGAAAGAAGUUAAGUGAUGUGACUAGAAAUUAAUAAAUAAACUUAAACCCA